AUGGCCCCAAAAAAGUCAUAUAGUCUUGAGACGGAAUUAGUCUUAACAAAUUCUGGAGAUCAAUAUAAUGCUUCAGUACCACCUUUAUAUCAAUCAGCUACUUUCAAACAACCAUCACUAUCGAAUAUGGGAGAAUAUGAUUAUACAAGAUCAGGUAAUCCUACAAGAACUCAUCUUCAAAACCAUAUAGCACGAAUUAUGAAAGCUAAACAUGCAUUUGCAGUCUCAUCUGGUAUGGGAUGUUUAGAUGUUAUAACUAGAUUAUUAAAACCUGGAGAUGAAGUUAUUGCUGGUGAUGACCUAUAUGGAGGAACUCAUAGAUUAUUAACUUAUUUAAGUAAAAAAGGAGAUAUAAUAGCACAUCAUUAUGAUACAACAAAUACAGAACUAAUCAAAUCAAAAAUAUCUUUAAAAACAAAAAUGAUUUUUUUAGAAUCACCAACAAAUCCAUUAAUCAAAGUAGUAGAUGUUAAAUCAAUCACAGAUCAUGCUCAUAGGGUAAAUCCAGAUUGUAUAGUAGUGUUUGAUAAUACUAUGAUGUCACCAAUAUUAAUGACUCCAUUAGACUUAGGAGUAGAUAUACAAUAUGAAUCAGCUACAAAAUAUUUAAAUGGACAUCAUGACAUUAUGGCAGGAAUAAUAGCAACUAGGUCACCAAAAUUAUCAGAACAAAUAUAUUACGUAAUAAAUUCAACUGGAUGUGGAUUAUCACCAUUUGAUUGUUGGUUAUUGAGUAGAGGUUUAAAAACAUUAGCUAUAAGAAUAGAGAGACAACAAGAAAAUUGCUUUAAGAUUGCGAAAUUUUUGGAGAACAUUGGAUUCAGAGUAAGGUACCCUGGAUUAAAAUCUCAUCCUCAAUAUGCAUUACAUAGCUCAAUGUGUUCUGGUUCUGGUGCAGUAUUGUCUUUUGAAACAGGUUCGAUAAAGUUGAGUGAAAAAAUAGUGGAAAAUACUGACAUAUUUGGUAUUGCAGUAUCAUUUGGAUGUGUAAAUUCUUUGAUUUCAAUGCCAUGUAAAAUGUCACAUGCUUCAAUAGAUCAAAAAACAAGAGAAGAAAGAGAAUUUCCAGAAGAUUUAAUUAGGUUAUGUAUUGGUAUUGAAAAUUCCGAUGAUUUAAUUGAUGACUUAACGAAAGCUUUAUUAAAAAGUGGUGCAGUAAAAAUAAAUGAUAGAGAUGAAUUAUUUAAUGCUGUUAGUAUACAGCCAAAAUUAUAA